GCGGCGGUGCGCACUGAGCAUGCUCCAGAGCGGUGCAGGCACGGGACGCGAGUAGGAGCCGGUGCGCGAACCCGAGGGCCGCGGAGCGGUGCCGCCCGGCUUGGGCUGCUGCUGGGUCGUGUCGGCGAGGCCCUCCGUCCCCGCGCGCCAUGGGGCUGCUGUCCCAGGGCUCGCCGCUGAGCUGGGCCGACACGCAGCGCCACGCCGACCACGUGCGGCGCCACGGCAUCCUCCAGUUCCUGCACAUCUACCACGCGGUCAAGGACCGCCACAAGGACGUGCUCAAGUGGGGCGACGAGGUGGAAUACAUGUUGGUAUCUUUUGAUCAUGAAAAUAAAAAAGUCCAGUUGGUCCUGUCUGGAGAAGAUGUUCUGGAAACACUGCAGGAGAAGGGGGAAAGGACAAACCCAAACCAUCCGACCCUCUGGAGACCAGAGUAUGGGAGUUACAUGAUUGAAGGGACGCCUGGGCAGCCCUACGGAGGAACCAUGUCUGAGUUCAACACAGUCGAGGACAACAUGAGGAAACGCCGGAAGGAGGCUACUUCUGUAUUAGAAGAAAACCAGGCUAUUUGCACAAUAACCUCAUUUCCCAGACUAGGCUGUGCUGGAUUCACACUGCCUGAGUACAAACCCAACCCAGAGGAAGGAGGUGCAUCUAAGUCCCUCUUCUUUCCAGACGAAGCAAUAAACAAGCACCCCCGCUUCAGUACCCUAACAAGGAACAUCCGACAUAGAAGAGGGGAAAAGGUUGUCAUCAAUGUGCCAAUAUUUAAGGACAAGAACACACCAUCUCCAUUUAUAGAAACAUUUCCUGAAGAUGAGGAGGCAGCAAAGGCUUCUAAGCCAGACCACAUUUACAUGGAUGCCAUGGGCUUUGGGAUGGGCAAUUGCUGCCUUCAGGUAACAUUCCAAGCCUGCAGCAUAUCUGAGGCCAGAUACCUUUAUGACCAAUUGGCCACUAUCUGCCCAAUUGUCAUGGCUUUGAGUGCUGCAUCUCCUUUUUACCGAGGCUACGUGUCAGACAUUGACUGUCGCUGGGGAGUGAUUUCUGCAUCUGUAGAUGAUAGGACACGGGAGGAGAGAGGACUGGAGCCUCUGAAGAACAAUUGCUAUAGGAUUAGUAAAUCUCGGUAUGAUUCAAUAGACAGCUACUUAUCUAAGUGUGGUGAGAAAUACAAUGACAUCGAUUUGACCGUAGAUAAGGAAAUCUACGAGCAGCUCUUGAAGGAAGGCAUUGAUCAUCUUCUGGCCCAGCAUGUUGCUCACCUCUUUAUUAGAGACCCACUGACCCUUUUUGAAGAGAAAAUACACCUGGAUGAUGCCAAUGAGUCUGACCAUUUUGAGAAUAUUCAGUCCACAAAUUGGCAAACAAUGAGAUUUAAACCACCCCCUCCAAACUCAGAUAUCGGAUGGAGAGUAGAGUUCCGACCCAUGGAGGUGCAGUUAACAGACUUUGAGAACUCUGCCUAUGUGGUGUUUGUGGUGCUUCUCACCAGGGUGAUCCUCUCAUACAAACUGGACUUUCUCAUUCCACUGUCAAAGGUUGAUGAAAACAUGAAAGUGGCACAGAAGCGGGACGCUGUCUUGCAGGGGCUGUUUUAUUUCAGGAAGGAUAUCUGCAAAGGUGGCAACGCUGUGGUGGAUGGAUGUGGUAAGGCCCAGAUGAGCUCAGAGCUGGCCGCAGAGGAGUACACCCUCAUGAGCAUAGACACCAUCAUCAACGGGAAGGAAGGCGUGUUUCCUGGACUCAUUCCCAUUCUGAACUCUUACCUGGAGAACAUGGAAGUAGAUGUGGACACCAGAUGCAGUAUCCUGAACUACCUAAAGCUGAUAAAGAAAAGAGCGUCUGGAGAACUAAUGACAGUUGCUAGAUGGAUGCGAGAGUUUAUUGCAAACCAUCCUGACUACAAGCAAGACAGUGUAAUAACUGACAAAAUGAACUAUAGUCUUAUUUUGAAAUGUAACCAAAUUGCAAAUGAAUUAUGUGAAUGUCCAGAGUUACUAGGAUCAGGAUUUAGAAAAGCAAAGUAUGGUGGAGGAAAAAUUGACUCUUCCAGCUAGACGCUCUGCACAGAGGCGUGUACCACUGAAGGGCUGAACCCGUGCUGACUCGGCCACCGGUGGGUGUGAAGACCAAAUGAUAGGCCAGGGCGUGGUUAGCUUACUUCAGUAGGUGAAUCCGUUUGUACAUGUACAUACUAAAGUAUUUUUAUGAUUAACAAUGUAUUUUAAUAACAUAUCGAAAGUCAUUGCAAACUGGCUUGUACAUUUUUAAAUUCUUACUCUGGAGCAACUGUCUAUAAGCAGUUUGUAAAUGUAAUGUACAAUACCUGCAUUCCGGAGUUUUAAAUGUUUACUGUAAAUCUUCUUUUAAAUGCUACCUGGGACCUGAUUCACUGAAAUUUUUCACUUUA